AUGCUUGAGCCUGAAGAAGUUGAAGAACUGCUUAAAGUUUUCGAAAAAUCUGCAAAUGUUAAAAAUACAUUCUUGCAGGCCCAGCGUUUGAUAUGGGAAAAGUCUAUUUUCCCCUCCAGAUUUGUGCCAUGUUCUGCAUUUAUGUGCGCUACAUGCCAAACAAAGCCUAGAAAUUUAUCAAUUUGUCUUUCUUGCGGAAAUAUAUUCUGUUUAGAACACUUUGCUGACCACCCUUGCAGCAAUCCUUUUGGAAUUGAUAUUCAGACUCAACAAUUAUUUAUAUAUACUCAGGAGCACGGUCGUAGAUUCAUUUUCAAUGCACUUAUAGAUCGUCUUAUCGUAUCUGCGAAGCUUGCAGUUGUUGAUGGCAUGCCAAUGACUUCAAAUCUUGAUCCACCGACAGCAAUUUUACCAAAACAGCGUACACCUUUGCCAUUACAGAAUCUUGGCAACACUUGCUGGCUAAAUUCUAUUUUACAAUGCUUUAUGGCUCAUCCUUUGAUCGAAAAGUGGUUUUUAUCGGACAAAUAUAAGCUCGAUGAUAUCGAUACGCCAAUUGCAGCCGUUCAUAAAAUGCUUUACAAGAUGAUGCUUGCUACAAACGGCCGUGGCAGCUUUUCAAUAUCAGAUUUUCUCUUCUGCAUUAAUGCAUUAUAUCCAGAUCUUAGCUCUACCGAACAGAAAGAUUCUCAGGAAUUUUUCAUGCGUCUUAGAACUUCUCUUGAUGACUUUUACCAACAAAAAUUCGAAUCUCAUGACUUUGGCGAUAUUUUCAAUUGGAGAUUCCAUAUUGUUGAGAGUUGUGAGUUCUGUGACCAAACGCAAACCCAUAUUGACCCAGAAUCAAUGUUAAUUAUUCCAAUUGCUACUUCCAACUCAUUAGAAGAGGCCAUCUCCCAAUUCCUUUCCGGUGAAAGCCCAAUGACAUGCCAGUCCUGUGGACAUUCUGCUAAGAAACAAUACUUUUUCCACACAUUACCUCAAACUCUCUCAAUUUGCCUUGUUAGAACAACAAAUGAAUCCAGAAACAUCGCUAAUAUUAAGAUACAAGAGAUUUUAGACCUAGACAGAUUCGUAGAACCUGAAUUAAAGAGAACAAUCGACGGAGCAAAGUAUUCUUUGAUUUCUACAGUUGUAAGACCUAAGACAGGUGACUUAGGACACUUCUGGGCUAACGUUAAGAGGAAUGGUCGUUGGUUUACUUGCAAUGAUAUCACUAUUAAGUCGAUUGAUGUUCAAGAUGUACUUAAGGAAGAUGUUUACAUUCUGUUUUACAUAAGAAACGGUUUUGUAUCUCGAAAGUGA